GGUAGAAGACUUUUAGAGUUCUUACGAAAAAGAAAAUAAGACUUUCCAGAGUUUGGAGUCUUUGGACGACGGCAGAGACCACUAAAACACCACAACAAAAUAUCCCCGUCCGACUCAUUAAAAUCUAUUUUUUGGUCGUAAGUCAUAACGAAGGCUCCUUUUCAUCGAUAAAGUCUGACACAGAUCGUGUGAGGACGAAGUAACCAGACAGACCAGACUUAGAACUCAAAACUCCAGUACUCAGAACUCAGAAGCAUCAACACAAAGCCGAAACUUAUUUUAUAAUCUUUUAUGAUCCACCCAACAAUAUCAAAUUGAAACCCAUCAAUUUCAUCACCCUCUGUCUUGGGUUUGACUUUAAACCUGAAAUUUCGAAGUCCCAGAAUCCAAUGGUUUUUGGUUGAGCUAGCUACCUUCCCCUGCUCCCAAUUUCCUUUACUUGUAUAGCUAUAUGUUGAAGAAAGAGAGAAACAGGGAGAAACAGACAACUUCUUGAUGGGUUUCGGAAUAGGGCAGCGAGGGACAAGAACAGCGACGACCCGUGACGGAGUUGGAGUCUCUGGUGGUGGUGGUGUUCCAUCUCCCAACAAGAAAAGAUGGUCGAUUCUGAUGCCCAUCUUCAUCGCCUUCGUCGUUAUCGCCGAGAUCGCCUUCUUGGGUCGCCUUGACAUGGCUGAGAAAGUUGACAUGGUCCAUAGUUGGACCAACUCCUUCUAUUCAUCCCCUUCAACUGUCUCUUCCGUUUCUAAUUCGCCUGCCCGUAAGAUUGACUUAGUGUUGCCAACACAGGAAGAAGCUUCCACUUCUUCAACACACGAUGUGAGUAAGAAUUGCAAGGAGGGGUUAGAUUCAUCCGCUUCAACUGUGUCUACCUCUUCUUGUUCGCCUGCCCGUGGGACUGCCCUAGUGUUGCCAACACAGGAAGAAAUUUCCACUUCUUCAACACAAGAUGGGACUGAGAAUUGCGAAGAGUGGUUGGAGAGAGAGGAUGCUGUGACCUAUUCUAGAGACUUUCGGACUGAACCCAUUUGGGUUUCUGGUUCAGAUCAGGAGUGGAAGACUUGCGCUGUGGGAUGUAAGUUUGGAUUUGAUCAUCAGUUAGAAAAGAAGCCCGAUGCUACAUUUGGUUUGUUUCAAGAGGCAAGGACAGCUAGCGUUCUUCGGUCCAUGGAAUCCUCUCAGUAUUAUGCAGAGAACAGCAUUGAUCAGGCACGACGGAGAGGGUAUAAUGUUGUGAUGACAACUAGUCUCUCGUCAGAUGUUCCUGUUGGUUAUUUCUCCUGGGCUGAGUAUGAUAUAAUGGCACCUUUGCAACCGAAGACUGAGAAAGCCCUUGCAGCUGCCUUCAUUUCCAAUUGUGCGGCUCGCAACUUCCGUCUGCAGGCCCUUGAGGCUUUAGAAAAAUCAAAUAUCAAGAUCGAUUCUUACGGUGGCUGUCAUAGGAACCGUGAUGGAAGAGUGGACAAAGUGGAGACUCUGAAGCAUUACAAGUUUAGCUUAGCUUUUGAAAAUUCCGGGGAGGAGGAUUAUGUCACAGAGAAGUUCUUCCAAUCUCUGGUUGCUGGAUCUGUCCCUGUUGUUGUUGGUGCACCAAAUAUCCAAGAAUUUGCCCCAUCCCCUGGUUCAGUUUUGCAUAUUAAGGAGCUUAACGAUGUUCCUUCAGUUGCCAUGAAAAUGAAGUACCUUGCGGAAAAUGCUUAUGCAUAUAAUCAAUCCCUAAGGUGGAAGUAUGAGGGCCCAUCUGAUUCUUUCAAGGCUCUUGUAGAUAUGGCUGCAGUCCACUCCUCAUGCCGCCUUUGCAUUCACCUUGCAACAAAGAUCUGGGAAAGUGAAGAAAAGAACCAGAAACGUCCCUGCAAGUGCAUCAGAGGGACAGAAACUGUCUAUCAUAUAUAUGUACGAGAAAGAGGGAGGUUUGAGAUGGAUUCCAUUUUCAUGAGGUCCAGCAAUUUGACCUUGGUGGCCUUGGAGUCUGCUGUUCUUACUAAAUUCAAGUCUGUGAAUCACAUACCCAUAUGGAAAGAGGAAAGACCUGAGAGCAUCAGAGGAGGGGAUGAACUUAAAAUCUACAGAAUAUAUCCAGUUGGCUUGACACAGAGGCAAGCAUUAUACACUUUCAAAUUCAAUGGGGAUGCUGAUCUGAGGAAUUAUGUUGAAAGCAAUUUAUGUGCGAAAUUUGAAGUCAUCUUUGUCUAGGAGAAGAGGGAGGGGACGGGGGAUUGCCAUCUUUUUCGGGCUUCAAGCUACUGAAUUGGUAGUGGUUUUUGUUUAGACUUUUUACAUAUAUUUUUCUUAUUUGGGUUGGGGUGGCGGUAAUUUAACAGGUAGUAGAGUGGUCAGAGGUGGAACACAUUUUUACAAGUAUAUACCUUACUGUAGUAUUGAAGAUGAACCAUUCUUUAUCACUGUUUAUUGAGGAUAAAACCAUUGGUUUUCUCGAUUUUA